AUGGCAAGCAUUACACCCACAGACGGCGGAGUCUCGUCCGGAACAUCUCAUGAAAUCCGGAUCACAAACCACGGCAAGAUACGCGCAUGGGUCGAAUUCGCACUCGAGUUCUUCCAGAAAAAUCCAGACCGACCACUGACCUUCCACACACUUCCCGCUGCCAAGAGCAAAGGUGCAGACCGCCAGUGUGCGGCGCAGGAGACUGGGGGAGAUGAGACUGAAGGACAAGCGGAGGCAGCCACAGUGGCGAAGAAGCAACAGCGUAUGCAUACAUCCAUGUCAACGAUCCCCAGACUCGUCUCUGUUGUGGAGAUUGUAAAGCGUGAAUACCUCAAGACAUUGGAUCCAGGGCUUUCGGAAGCGGGGAAGCUAUCUGGGUUGCAUCAAUACAACGAAGUUGGCGAGCUCGAGGUUGACAUAUCCGCAGAAACAUCGGAAGAACAGAGACAGAUGGCGCUCGCUAUUGCUUUGCAAGGACGAAGACACCUUCAACAACGCAAAGUCGCGUUCAUGAAGGUCACAUUGUGCCGUCAACAAUUGCCAGAACUGGUGGCCAGUGGUGCAACGUACCAACAGCCGCAAUUGCGAUCUCUAUCGAAAUCUGCGAAAGCUCGUCUGAACCGGAGGCUGAAGAAGGGCGAACAGGCUAACGAAGCGGCAUAA